AUGGAUCCAACUCCUACCAAUAUCUCAACCUUCAUGUUUCCUACUGCGAUUUUCACGCGCAAUCCGCCACCUGAGCUUGAACCUGCCCCGCUUGAGUGGUCCAAGUCAUCACUCAACAUCAAGAAUCGUGUUGAUAGUCUUGAUCCGCCAGCCAGAUGCGACUGGAUAAUACAAGGAGCAGAUCUUGCUGGGACCCGUUGGUUUGCCAUUCCAAAAUUUGUGAUUGGGAGACCCCCGCUGCGGAUUGACGUCCAUGUACCGGAGCUAUUCAAUACACCAGGUUAUCUCAGAGACACCCUCGAACCAAACUCACCGAUGUUUUGUGAGUUGGAGACUGCUGGUACAUCAUACAUGGCCAUUCAUAUUUUGCGGGCACUCCAUUGGUGGUCUUCAAAGAACGAGAGAUUUCUCCAUGACUACCAACAACUACCGUUUGGAUCCAGAAUUCUAUUCGAGACUCUGAGUCACGAUAUCCGUCAGAUUAACAUCCAGUUUGUCCCAGUUUAUGAUAUUGAGAGACAAUGGCUAUCAGAGAAGACGUUACACGGCAUGUGGGAUGUCCUCGAUACCACAUGGCCUGGUACUGUUGACUUCAGAACCCUACAGUUCCAACGACGUCUUCAUGACACUAUAGAUGUCGUUUCGAUAGAUGGACAUGGAAAUCAGGAAUUCGUUUUCAAGAGCUUGAUGAACGACAUCAAAUAUCUGUACCAUGAACUGAAAACACUCAUGGCCAUGAAACCGCAUCCAAAUGUUGUCCCGAGCCCUAUUUACCUGGUGACUAAGAGAGGCACCUUACGAAGGUGGCUGAAGGAACAUCGGCAAAUACCCUCUGAAAUCUCCCAUGCAAUGAAAGGUUCCUGGGCCAAGCAGAUCGUUUCGGCUUUAAUACAUAUAAAGAAACAUGGGCCAGGGUAUUAUACGAACCUCAAGUUGGACAAUAUCGUUGUGGCGGAUUCUCAUGAUUCCAGCGUGCUCAAAGUCGUCAUCAUCGACUUUGAACAGCGUCUGGGAUCUCCCGCAUGGACGCCCCCAGAGAUACAUUCAGUCACCUUCCUUGCCGAUUUGAUCCACCACGAUCCUCUUUCUUCGAUCUCACGGUCAUAUCACGAUAUGUUCUGUCGUUAUGGUGCCAUCAUCCCGGAGUCAGAAAAAGCCGCCAGUCUUAGUUCCAAGGAGCGUGAGGAUGCACAAGUGUUUAUGCUGGGGAAGCUCUUGUGGUGCCUGUACGAAAACGCAUCUUUGCUAAACAGUUAUAUUGGUAUCAACUCUUUUCGCGACAACUACUCUGACAAAGUCUUUCCGGACUUUGAUAUCACACCAGGGCCACUGAGGGAAUGCAUCCUGCAAUGUACAUCUGGUUGUUGGGAAUCGACUGGCAGAACACCCCCUCUUGUUGCUCAUGAUAAGAAGAUUGUACUACGUGACCACCACAAACAAGGAAGACAGAGUAGUGUUGAAGAGGUUCAAGUCGCCAUUAGGAAAUGGUGGCGACAGCAAAUAUCAGAUGCGGAGGCCUUUCUGAAACACCGUGGAAGGGGUACAAAUGUGAACCAAUACGGAAGGCGACCAGGUUUGCAGGACGUGCUUCAAGUGCUGGACAGAAUGUAA